CAUUACAAAUCUCUCGCUUAUACUCGCUUUACGUAAUUCCCCACGCUAUAGCUCGUUCUUCCAUUCGUCUGUCUUAAUUGUCUUCCGAGUAUUUCCCACGACACUAUUCUAACACUGUUUCUCUUACACGCAUUCAAAGGCGAUUUCUAGUAGUUAUGCAUGACACGCCUCGUUGUUUCUGUUACUUCUUGGAACUCUUAUCGCUGGCUGUAAACCGGCGUUUGCUUUGUCUAGUUCAGUUCCGUUCAGUUCAUUCAGUCAAUCUUAUUCAGUGUGUCUUGCUCUCAGUCUUACUCUUAGUACUUUUGCUUGUGACUUCAGUCCUAUCCAAAUCUUCUAACUGUGUGUCUACUGAGUUACCGUGUGAGAGAACAUAACAUUUGGCGCCCAACAGUGGUUCACGAAUACCACGACCCUGAGAUUCCCGAUUGCUGUGCUGUGCAAGCAUCUGCCCUGGUUGUUGCGCUUCGUCUUCCCGUGCGCCAGCAGCAGCAGCAGCAGCAGCAACACCACCAGCAGAAGCUGAAGUUGCCGGCGUCUUCUUCCUUGAACCGCCUUCCUUCCCAUCUCUCGCGCCAUCGGAUAGAAUGGCUCCAUCGCUAAGUUUUCUUCUAGCCUUCCUCAUUGGUGCUACAUAUGCAAAGAAGCUCCUUCAUGGUACAUUCACAGAUAGUACGCCACCAGGUGGGUACCUUCCUGAGUUUUUCGUCGUAUGCAACGACUACCGUUUCAUGAAUGGAACGUUUCCGUCAAUACACUAUGGCCGGACCAGUCCGCUAAAGUGCGACUCUGGAUACUUUGCAAACUCACAUGCACGGGUCCCAGUAGCAAUUUGUACUGACUUACAUGGUGCCUAUGGCUGGGUCAUCACGCGCGCCACCCCGCCUGAAGAGUUCUGCAUUGCUAGUGGGUUACCAUCUGGGUACUCACGCGAUGGUCUCAAUAUUACAAAGGUGGCCCAUACUGCGAGCACUGGACCGCAGUUCAGAUUCCAGUGCAAGGCGAAAUACUAUUCAUACUGCAAGCCAGGCGCUACCUGCGUGGCUGACGAUGGACUUUUGCCAUACUGGAAACUGCCGAGUGGAGGAUAUCAGUUCUACAAUCUUCCAGAAUGCCGGCAAUUGAAGGCCAGUACUUGUGCAGGAGUUACGAGUUAUUACAGCCAGAAACCCAGUACACACGCUGGCGCUCAGAAAGCAUGCAGACGGCUCAAUAUGCGACUAGCAACUGCGUCCUUCACCAGAAUACAGUUUACCGAUGAGGCCAGUAAGUGCCUGGGCCAUACGCUCCCCAAUCCUAUAUGGAUUGAUAAGAGCUAUGUUGCGCAGUUCAGGAAAUCUCCAAGCGACUUCUGGUCUGUGCCGCUUCGCCACGUCCAACAAAACUCCGUGAAUGGUAUUGUCUGUUUGCCAGAUUACUAUCAAUACAUUGUGAACCGCAACGUUAUCAAGCUAGGACCAGAUGCAAUUUACAAAUGUCCUGGAGGCAGAAAGCUCUACUACAUCGCUAGCGACGUUGGUCGCACUUUUGCAGAAGCCUCCUACGCUUGCCAGGAGAGGGCUUACCAGUUGCCUGCUGGCAUAAUGAUAGACUGCAUGAGACGCUUUGCAGAAACGCUAGGGUUUUCCGUCUCUAAGGGAGAGGGAACUUCUUGGACUGGGGCAUUUCAUACUCCUGACACAGCGUUCGCCACAAGUGGGUAUGCUUACUUCUUGUAUGUGAAACAACGCCUGACCAUAUGUACUCCAUACUGAGUGGCAGCCGUCAUGCACACGUAUUACCUGUGGCCGGUCCUGGGCUGCUGCUGCACACUAUUACUAUACAGAAACAUUACAAGACCGACUCUUCCGGUACAAGAGCCAGCUGUAGAUCCGAAUAUUGCCAACACGCGUGUGCCCCACAUUCUCUCUGACAGCUUUGGUCAGCGCGGCUAUUACAAGUCAUUGUAUUACUCCAAUCCUCAAUUGGUCCUAUUGAGCUGGACUACCCAGAUCGCACUGAAGCAGGUUGCAGUAUUUUAACUGGGAUUUGGAGGGAUAUCAAUUAUCAACAUACUUUCUACACAUUGAUAUCAUAGGUAAUAAAGGCUUCUUCCUCAAGUUGUCCAUUUGUUCUAUUUUUAUCUGAUUAUAGUUGCCAGUAUGAGUUUGAGUUUUGCGAGAGCCACUUACUGUUUCUUGGCACCCACAACACCGAUGCAAGAUUGGAAGUAACGUUAGUUCUGGA